AUGAGUUACAAGGCGAAUCAGCCAUCUCCUGGGGAGAUGCCUAAAAGGUCACCGUCCAUCCUGGUGACGGAUGCAAGAUCAUCCAAGAAUAGAAUAAGUGCACCGUUUGCUGGCCAUGCUGCCGGAAGCAGAAAGAGUAUGGAAAACAAGAACGUGGAGAGAUCGCAGGGCAUUCGCUCUUCCAAUGUAGGGCCUUCGCCAAUGAUGAAACCCGCACAUUCAAGAAGGCGAUCCUCUGGUAGAUUUAGCGAUAUUUCUAUAGACAAUAUUCUUUCUGACAAUUCAGAAAUUCCCUCCGCCAGAAGGGAGGAACGACUCUCCAGCUCGUCAAGUGAUAGACCUCGAUACUACGAACGUCUAAAUUCACGCAGAAAAAUGAUCAAUCCCUUACCUCCAAGAACAUCUAAGACAUCGCAAAAAUUAGUACUGAUACCCGAAGAAGAUGAUUUAAACCAAUUUCGAAACACGCCGCACAAUGCUUUGGACAGACAAAGACCGAAGGUGGGUUCUAUGAAGUCUAGCUCUCAUGACCGAUUGCCCCGUCAUUUGAGAGAGAAACCCAUGGCAAGAAUCACGGCGUAUAACGUCGCUGACGGAUUUAAUCUGAACCUGCUGUACAGAUUUUUGGAGGAGACUCAUGAAGUUUCACCAAGAUUAUAUGACGAAUGUCUGUACGUCGCGUACACUUUGCCGUUAUUGCCAGGUAAAGGCGGGUUCAGGAUAAAAUCGAACAUAUCCAAGAAAACAGUCGGCGGUAAGACAUUGAUCGAUAAUUUGAUAGAUACUAGUGAACAAAGAGAUCAUCAUUAUGAAUAUUACUCAGGAGUCGAAACUGUAGAAGACGCAAAUAAUAAUUACGAAUUAGAAACCAAUGGGGGAAACAAUAGUACGAGCCAAGAUACUGUUACUGUCCCGGAUCAUUUACCCAAUCCAGUGGGUCAACAGGAUUCUUUCAAUCCUAUGGAACCACAGUUCUUUGCAGAAGAAACCCCCUUGGAAUUAGAGAAACGAGAAAGAAUCGAAAGAAUGAAUAUGUUAAAGAAAGAAGAGAACGAUGCUGACGAUAACGGUAACAGUAACAGCAUUAAUGAUGACGAUGAUGACACUGAAAAUUAUGUGCUCGAAGGCACCGAUCAAUAUUUGAAGUCUUCUCGCUCACCACCAUCAUCCGCAUCAUCAGCAUACACCCCAUCGCCUCCAUCUUCAGCACGUAGGGAUUCUAAUCGUGGCUAUGAAAUGCAGAAAGAUAACGAACAUGAGGGCAAUGAUAGACACGCAGAAAUUUUUAUCUUUCAUUAUGGUGUAAUUGUGUUUUGGAAUUUCACUGAAAUACAAGAGAAAAAUAUACUUGGCGACAUAACGUUUGCAGAUUACAAAAACUUGAUGAUUCGGCCAUUAGACGAACAAGAUAUCGAAACCGAACAAUUCCACUUCGAAUAUGACAGAGAUACCGAGAGGCCGCGAAUCUUUAACGAUAUUGUCACAUUGCGUUCAGGGGACCAUAUCAUCGAAUUGACACUAUCACAUGCCAUUGCACAAUCCUCCAAAUUAUCAAGAUUUGAAUCCAGAAUUUCGCCAAUUCUAAUAUCUGUCACGAAGCUACCCAAGAGGCUGGCACUAUACGGUACUCUCGGAUUAAAGCGAGAACAAUUGCUGAAAAAGUCAGGGAAGCUAUUCAAACUAAGAGUGGAUGUAAACCUUUCAUCCACUAUAUUGGAUACGCCCGAAUUUUUUUGGUCAUUUGAACCAAGCUUGCAUCCACUGUACGUGGCCAUGAGAGAAUAUUUGGAGAUUGAUCAAAGAGUACAAGUUCUGAAUGAUCGUUGCAAGGUCUUUUUGGAAUUCUUUGACAUCUGUGUUGACUCCGUCGCAGAAAGAAACAUGGCACGUGUUACAUGGUGGUUCAUUCUGGUCAUUUUAUUCGGAGUUAUAUUUUCGCUAGCAGAGAUCUUCGUUCGCUAUAUAAUUAUACAUCGUCAUUCCACUAAAUAG